CGCCGGCGCUCCCGAUUCAUCCAUGAGCUCGGAUUUCCCACAUUACAACUUCAGAAUGCCUAAUAUUGGAUUCCAGAAUCUGCCUCUCAACAUAUAUAUUGUGGUUUUUGGCACUGCUAUAUUUGUCUUCAUCCUUAGUUUACUCUUCUGUUGCUACUUGAUUAGGCUAAGACAUCAAGCGCACAAAGAAUUUUAUGCCUACAAACAGGUUAUAUUAAAAGAAAAAGUAAAAGAACUGAAUUUACAUGAGCUGUGUGCAGUGUGUCUAGAAGACUUCAAGCCUAGAGAUGAGUUGGGGAUUUGUCCAUGUAAACAUGCCUUCCACAGAAAGUGCCUUAUUAAGUGGCUGGAGGUUCGGAAAGUAUGUCCACUGUGCAACAUGCCAGUUCUGCAGCUGGCCCAGUUGCACAGUAAGCAGGACCGUGGACCCCCCCAGGGGCCCCUGCCUGGGGCAGAGAACAUUGUAUAGCUCACUACAAGGAUCAGACUGUUGCGGGAUCCCACGUCCGCAUGGAGGCAGGAGAAACACGAGUGGUCUCUGUUGGCUGCUCUACCUGGGGCACCAGCUGCCACUUCCUUUGCCUCAUGAAGAACUCUUGGGCCAGCUAAGCCGAGAACCCAGACUUCUGGGUCUUGUGACAACCAAAGCACGCUGACACUACUCCAUGUCAAGAGAAGAGGUGUGAAUGAGCCUGCGGGUUUGGUUCAAGAAACUUCAUGAGAGUCUCUUGCUGACUCCAUUACACGCUGUCUCCCAAGCAAGGUGAAUCUUUCUCAAGCAGAAGGGAAGAUAAACACAAGUGUUAGAGAAGGGAACUGAGGGCAGGUCUUUAAAGCCACACACCCCCACCCCCACCCUGUGGACAGAGGAGCUUCUGUGCAGACUGUGCAUGCCUUAGCAGCAGCGAACCCUCCCGGCAGCCCCUGAGCCAAGUAAAACCAGCAGUUACCUCAGCCGAAGCACGACCAGUUGCCAGUGGUUGGUGAGGCAGUGCCAACAAAGCUUUUCGCAUUAUGUUCCUGUGAUAAGGCCAUCUUGGGGCCCAAGGGUUUUGGUUACAACAAAGCAGCAGUGCCCCUUGCCACCGCUUCUCCCUGUUUCACACCACUUCCUUAUCAAAUCAUCUAAGCUAAAAAACAUUAGAUGCGCUUGGAAAGGCCUGGUCAGAAGCCAUUUCCUCUUGUUCUCCCCACCUCCACGCCCCACCUCGCCAGUGAGGCACAGCCAAGCGCCAUCAGGAGCCCUAGCAGGGGGUGGGAUCUGAGCCCAUGCUGUCCCUAUGUAACUCAGGCCUUGGGGUGCUGCCCACAUCCUCGCAUACGCAGUAUGGUUGCAGCAUAGCUGCUGGCCUUGUCCCCCUGCCUCAGAAGGGAGCUACUGAGAGUCCAUCAGACAGCUGAGGAUCGCCAGUCCUGGCCCACUUGACAAAGGAGGAUGCCGACCCCCUUCCCUCUUCCCUCCUUCCUUCCCUCUAUCCUCUCUCUUGCCCUAUCAGUUUCUACUUCAGAGAAAAAUGCCUAUCAUUCACUUUUUAACAACUUAAAGCAUCCUAAAUAAAAUCCCUAUGUAAUUUUUUAGCCAGGGCUCCACUUGAAAAUGUAGUUUCAGGAAGCUCCUGCAGGGCUGUUCACUCAUUGGCACGUGCCUCAGUAUUUGGACUUGCGAGAACUAAUUGAAAGUGUCCCUAUAGGAGAGAAAUGCAUGCUACUCUUUGGCUCUUUCUGUCCCGCUUUUCUAGAAAUGGCUCAGAGUCCAUUAGGAUUCGUGAAUAUUGUAUAAAUUAGCUAUGUGAAGCAGCUUGGGUCAGAAAGUUCUUUUCCACAGCCCUGUGCUCCACAUCCAUUCAUUCUAGGGAUGGGCUCCUCAUCGACAGCUUUGCCUCUGCUCCAUCACACAGGUGCAAGUGGGGCAGUUUCUCAUUGGAAAUACAGUCUGCGUGAUAUGGAGAGAGGAUGCGGGAAGCCCUGUCACUCUUCGUGGCAAGAAAUUUUUUCUGGAAUCAGCCUCUACUGUCUUAAAAUGGGAGAGGGAAUCUGUCCUUGGCUCAGGUGGGUGGGGUCAGAUGAUGAAAAUUCUCAUUAGCUUGGAAGAGUGCUGGGCAGAAUCCAGUUUGGAAAAUUACAAAUCCAGUUGGUCAGAAUUGGCUGUUUCUUAUGUGUGACCUAUUCGUGGUAUGCCAACUGGACUGCUUCGUAAAACAGGGCGAGGAAAGUGUGAAAUAUUUUUAUAUGAAAGCUUUAGCCUGUUUGGCACCCAUGAAAAGACCUAUUUGUACACUCCUACUUUCACCCUGUUUCUGUGUUCUCUAAAGUAGCACAAUAGAAUUGAGUGCUGCAAAGCACCCAGUUUCCAGUGAAAUGUUUUCAGCAACCAAUGUCAGAAAUAGGCUUGCUUCUGGACUAGCCUCAUUAAUGGCCAACACCAUUUUCCAUGGAAUGGCCUUGGGACAAAUGUCACCUUAUCAUUAUGGGGUUCAAAUAGGAAAUAAUUUUUCCCCAAAAAGGAGAAAUGCUUGUGUUCUUACUGCAGAUUGCUUUGACUCAGUUUUUAUAGGAUCAUAGCCUUUCAGUUACAGCCUUGUAUUUACAGGAAGACAAAUUAAUUCAUUUCACUGUGUCACAGCUAAAGGCAAGUUGAGGUGGUUGGUGCAGAAUGGACCAUAGGUGCAAAGCCCAAAUAGUUAAGUCAUUCGAGGAAAGUUUGAGAGUGCUGUGUACUCUCCACUGGGCACCAUACUGGGUCUGUUUUAUGCCAUGAAGUGCCACUAAUGUGACCUCAACCCUUGUGAAUGUGGAGGGCUUUUUAAAAUGCAGCUCUUCCGCCAGGGUGGGGCUGAAUACUGGAGUGCUGAGUGCUCGCUCUGCUUGUAGUCAUCUCCCCUUUCUUGGCUCGUUGUCCUACUGCAACAUGGCCACUGUCACUUGGCAGUAGUUCCUUGCAACUCUUAGCAACACAACCUGAAUGCAUUUGCCCCACCUCCACCCCCAUCUGGCUCCUCCUUCAAGACUUCCCUGUGCUGCACUGCUGUAACUGCAAAUGCCUGGCGGUUAAUUUAUGUCUUCCUUUAUUCUGAUUAAAAUUACAGUUUUGUGUGACAGACAAGGUUAAAUUCCCAUCUGGACUUUUUUUUUUUAACAAAUGAGUCAAGGAUCCUGUAAUACUCUUGACUCAGAUUCACACCUCGAAGUGAGGCCACCCUGUCCACCUCUAUCUUCAAGCAUUGUUAAUGACCUUUUGUUAAUCUGUAGACAUGUGGGGACUCUGAUCUGCUCUUGGGUCACUGGCUAGUAAUAUGACUUUUUUUUUUUUUUUUUACUUAAUGCAUCUUAAGCAGCUCCAAGAUUGGGUGUUACUUGUGUGCCAUGUGUUAGUGGAACAGAACUCGGCCCCAACUGGAUUCCACUGGUGGCUGAAUCAUUAUCUAGUUGUUGCCAGGGGCACAACUGAAUUCAGCUGGCUUUAAAAAUGGAAAAACAGCCUGACUCGAUUCUUGGUUGUCAUCUACCACUUUUCUUUGCCAUGGUGUGAUUUGGUUAGGCCUGUCCCAGGAAGGGAGGACAAGAUGGAAAUGGCCAGAUGGGAGCAGGUGACCCAUGAGGAAGUCUAGGCUGAGAGAUACAGGGAACCUCCCACCAUGGCCAGAUAGCCUUCUUCACAAGUCUUGACAAAUGAAGAGCCUUUCCCCAAAGCCAAGGCCCUUGGAUCCACCAGUGACUUCAAGCCCUGUCCCUUUCCACAGCCCCACUCCAAAGCCUGUCAUCUCCAUUGCCCAAUCCAUACUCUGCUAAGCUACUGUUAAUGACUGUAAUUUACUUUUCUGAGAGACUUUCUGGGAAUUAUGAACUGCACGCUAGGAGGCAUCCCCAGAUCUCCGGACAAAAAGUACUUGGAGUGAUUUGAAUAACCUUUGCCACUCACCAGCCAUGUGCCUUUCUGCCAGUUAACCUUUUGGAGCCUGUUUCUUUAUCUACCACCCAGGGUUUAUAAGGCUGCCCUUACUAGUUCUUGCAAGGAUUAGCUGGUGACAAGUCUAGGGGUCAUGGAAGCUGCAGAUACAAGGUAACCGUCAUGGUCACAUGGGGCUCCUCUGCUGUCCAAGUCUGCUGGCUCCCUCUUCCCCUGAUCUUCCCUGGUCACCUCCAUCCGCCUUUGCCCAUAGUAGUUACUCCAUUUGUUGCUCAGUGCUGAAUGUGCCUUUAAUUUUGAAUAGGUAAUCCUUUCACAUGCUUCA